AUGGACACUGAAACUGUGCCCUCACAGGAAGCUUCCCUGACUGUUAAUGAACAGGUGAUUGUGAUGUCAGGACAUGAGACAAUUAGGGUGCUGGAAGUGGGAGUAGAUGCUCCAGUCUCAAUAAAAAAUGAAGGGAAAACGCUGAAAGCAACAGACGCAGCAGCUGGAGGAGAGGAUUCUGCGAACUGCCCUCCAGAAUCAAGUAAAACAGGACAGGAAAGGGCACAAGAAAGCCCAGAGAAGGCAUGCAGAGAGUCGAGCGUCAAGGCACUGCCUGAAGUAACACCUGUGCCUAUCCCAGGAAUUGUGCCAUUUAGCCAAGUGACAAGCCAACCAACACCAACUUUAACUCCUGUCACAGUGCAAGCAGCACCACAGGUCUUGACUCAGGAAAACUUAGCAACAGUUGUGACAGGCGUAAUGGUUCCGGCAGGGGCAGUUACUCAACCUCUUCUUAUCCCCAUCAGUAUUGCAGGUCAAGUGGCAAGUCAGCAGGGGCUGGCUGUGUGGACAUUUCCUGCAGCAACGGUGGCUGCCCUCCCAGGACUGACGGCUGCCUCUCCUACUGGGGGAAUUUUCAAAUCACCUAUAGCCAAUUUGCAAGCCACUGCAGUGCUGAACACAGCAGUACAAGCCCCUUUGCAGCCAGCCCAAGCUUUCCAGGCACAGCCAACGGCCCAGCCCCGGCCGUCCAUCCCAACACAGACUGUGUUCCAGCCACCAGCUCAGACAACCCUUUUGUCACAGCCGACCACAACAGCCACUCCACCUGCCGCCAAGCCACUGGAAACUCCGACACAGAUCACAGUUCAACCGGCAGGAUUUGCAGGAAUAAUCAAUGCAGCUUCUCUUGGAGCCCCAACCCAGCUGCUUAGCUCACUAGCCGCCACAUCUGUCAUUGCAAACACCAUUCCUACUGUGCAAGGAAUAACUGGACAAAUCUUGACUAAUGCGCAAGGACAAGUUAUUGGAACUCUUCCAUGGGUAGUGAACCCAACCGGAAUUGCCACAGCAGCUCCUGCCCCUGCCACGUUGCCAGCACAAAAUCUACAAGUACAGGCAGUGACACCGCAGCUGCUUUUAAAUGCCCAAGGUCAGAUCAUUGCCACCUUGGCUAACACCAUCCAGACGGCAGCCAUGGUUAGGAAAUCAAGCCCCCCGGAAUCUCCUGCCAAGAGCGAGGUCCAGCCAAUUCAGCCUGCCCCAGCUCUCUCACAGCCAACUGUGGUCAUUGCAAGUCCUCCCCCAGCAUCCAAACUAGCUUCCACUCCUGUCCCCAUCACCUGCUCAGAGACACCAACUGUCAGCCAGCUGGUUUCAAGUAAGCAUGUUGGUAUCCCUGCGAUUCUUGAAGAUGGCAUAAACCUGGAGGAGAUCAGAGAGUUUGCCAAGAACUUUAAGAUUCGACGUCUCUCUCUGGGUCUCACCCAAACCCAGGUGGGGCAGGCUUUAACUGCCACUGAAGGACCUGCGUACAGCCAAUCUGCUAUUUGCAGAUUCGAAAAGUUGGACAUCACUCCCAAGAGUGCCCAGAAGCUGAAACCCGUCCUGGAGAAGUGGCUAAGUGAAGCUGAGCUUCGGAAUCAGGAAGGCCAGCAGAACCUGAUGGAGUUUGUGGGCGGGGAGCCUUCCAAGAAGCGGAAACGCCGCACCUCUUUCACCCCGCAGGCCAUUGAGGCCCUCAACGCUUAUUUUGAAAAAAACACCCUCCCCACUGGCCACGAAAUCACCGAGAUCGCCAAGGAGCUCAAUUACGACCGGGAGGUAGUCCGAGUUUGGUUCUGCAACCGGCGACAAACACUCAAAAACACCAGCAAACUCAACGUCUUUCAGAUCCCUUGAGGGC